GGGCCCCACGCGGAACCGGCUCCGCGCCGCUGUCCCCGCGUCCCGGCUCGGCUUGAGAGCGCGGGCAGUCCCUGGCCUGCGAGCAGGGGGCGCCCCGGGCCCCGCCGCGCACCAUGGGCGCUGCCCACUCGGCGUCCGAGGAGGUGCGGGAGCUCGAGAGCAAGACCGGCUUCUCCUCGGACCAAAUAGAGCAACUGCACCGGAGGUUCAAGCAGCUGAGUGGGGACCAGCCCACCAUUCGCAAGGAGAACUUCAACAAUGUCCCUGACCUGGAGCUCAACCCGAUCCGAUCCAAAAUCAUCCGUGCCUUCUUCGACAACAGGAACCUGCGCAAGGGAGCCAGCGGCCUGGCCGAUGAAAUCAACUUUGAGGACUUCCUGACCAUCAUGUCCUACUUCCGGCCCAUCGACACCACCCUGGGCGAGGAGCAGGUGGAGCUGCACCGGAAGGAGAAGCUGAAAUUUCUGUUCCAUAUGUAUGACUCCGACAGUGAUGGCCGCAUCACCCUGGAAGAAUACAGAAAUGUAGUGGAGGAGCUGCUCUCCGGAAACCCUCACAUUGAGAAGGAGUCAGCUCGCUCCAUUGCAGACGGAGCCAUGAUGGAGGCUGCCAGCGUGUGUGUGGGGCAGAUGGAGCCGGACCAGGUGUAUGAGGGGAUCACUUUUGAGGACUUCCUGAAGAUCUGGCAGGGUAUCGACAUCGAGACCAAGAUGCACAUCCGCUUCCUCAACAUGGAGACUAUCGCCCUCUGCCACUGACCACGAAAGGGAGAAGGUGGCUGGAAGCUGGGAGUGGCAGAGGCCCUUUGCCCAGCCCCUUGCCUAAGCUGCUGUAACAACCAUUGCCCUUCCCUCAUCCUUCCCUCUGGGUGCGGGUUAUGGGACUCCAAUGUUUUUAUCUCUAAUGAUGUCAAUAAAGGUUUCCUAAUGA